AUGCGUUUGAUCUCUUGGCUGUUUGUUCUAGAGGCCGUCGUCAUAGCAGCAGGCAACGUCAUCAUCAUCGUGAUAUUCACAACUACUCCUCGUCUGCGACGUCGACAGUACGUGCUUUUGAUCAGUCUUGCAGUGGCUGAUCUGUUUGUUGGAAUAUUGUCCGCCCCUAUGCAUAUUGUGUUUGAAGAAAGGCGAAUUCCUGGUGUAAUUCCAAGAGAAUAUUUUAGUUUGAUUUAUCUGGUGAUAGACUCAUUGUUCGCAGCCGCAUCUCUUCUGAGUUUAGUAGCUCUUGCUGUUGAACGAGCUUACGCCACAUACCGUCCAUUUAGCUAUCGUUUACUCGGCAAAAUACCGUACAUUGUCGGGWKUGCUAGUGUCUGGGGAUUAGCUAUUACCCAUGGGUUGUUAAGCAUGUUGAUAACCAUUAACGUUAAAAGUUACAUAGUUACCAAAGCCACAACUAUAUCAUUGURUUUAACAGCUAUUUGUACUGCAUACUUUCUUGUCCUUUUCAAAUUGCGUUACAUGGCUGUCACUCCACAGCAAGCUACUUCUCCACGAAACAAAAAACUCUCCCAAACAAUUGCCAUUGUUACUGCGGUCAGCCUGAUCACGUGGGUACCAUACCAACUUGCCCUGAGUUUUCAGGUCUCUGGAUCCCGAUUGUCACCCGUUCGAUGGAAAAUACGUAGCAUCUUAAAAGCCCUUCAUUAUGCAAACUCCCUCGUCAAUUUUUUUGUGUACGCAUUCCGGAUGCAGGAAUUCAGAAGACAACUGGCGAGCAUGCGCAGAAUUAUCUAUUUUUAUCAAAACAACAGGGUCGCUACAAACAGAGACUCAUCUGUUGGAAGUAGAGAAGUUGGUAUUGUCCAACACAACGCUGGAUCAGCAAACGUAGUAUGUCCCCAUGUUUAG